AUGUCACUGUUAGGGGUGACAAGGCAAUGCAGCUUCUGGAGAGUGGUCUGAAGGUGAAGGAAUAUGAACUGCUGAGAAGAAACUUCAGUGAUACAGGAUGUUUCGGCUUUGGCAUUCAGGAGCAUAUUGAUUUGGGGAUCAAAUACGAUCCAUCUACUGGUAUCUAUGGAAUGGACUUCUAUGUUGUUCUGGAGCGCCCUGGAUACCGUGUGGGACGUCGCCGCAGGUGCAAGUCUCGUGUUGGGAUCCAGCACCGAGUCACAAAGGAGGAUGCAAUGAAGUGGUUCCAAGUGAAAUACGAAGGAGUGAUCCUGAACAAGUCCCAAGCAUUGUUGGUUAGAUUGCAAUAUUGAAUGUAGCAAGUUCCAAUUUUGUGAUUUUAGUUUGAAGUUCCCUGGACUAGCAUCUUAGUUUUUCUGGUAGAGUACAAGUUGGAUUUUGCCAUCAAUAUUUUAUAUUAUGUUGUUGACACUACUUGAGUUGAAUGUUCUACAUUGUCCAUUAAUCUACAUACCACUCGCUACUGUAGUA